AAAUUUAGUACCAUGAUACAUUUGAAUUUUUUUUUACUAUGCAUAAGGUAAAAUGUUUUUUACCAAUCAUAGUUUACAUUCUCUUGUUUCUACUUCUACAUGAGUUCAAAUAUUGUUUGUAAUAGACAUAAAAAAUAUUGUUUGUAAUCAAAUUGAAUUUUAAAAGUUCCACGGACGCUACCGGUUUUACAUCAGAGAUCAGACGGACAGGAGCAGUACUCAAUAGGGCAUCCCAUCCUUUUGACGUCAUUUCAAACGUCAAGGGUGCAAUUUACCACCGGUAAGAAAUUUCAGGACUACCAGUUGAAAUGGAAAAGAAGGUUCAAGAUGCCCUGGUUUUGUUUUUCUUGCAUAUUGGGUCAAAAGCUUUGCCUGCAAUUCCCCUUUCGUCAGUCUGGCGGCAUUUCUACAUUGGACAGCUCGCUCGCUGGCUAGCUCAAUGGAAAUUUUUAUUACUGCAUCGGAUUCUGAGACUGCACUCGGCAUUUACUAUCAGCGUGCCCCGAUUCCCAGGAAGAAAUCCCAAGCGGAGAGCAGGCUCUGCUCCUCAGUUUCUUCCUCACCGGCAAAACCCCAAGGGGGUUUGACGAAUCCCCACAGCUUUCAUUCAAAGUGAAGUUCUUCAAUCUGGAUAUGCAAGAGAGGAAGAGAAGUUGUUCCGGUUUAGCGAUCAAGAGGUGAAGAGUUAUUUCUGUCUUGUUGGCUACCUGGCUUUUCCCGGUUUACCCGUGGACUGUUCUUUUACCCCCUGUUUUCCCCGUUUAUGGUGAGCUAUUGAUUGAGCUUUGUUGUGUUCCCACUUAAGCUUGCUUGUAAAGCAAAGCCCUUUUCACCCAAUUUCGUUUCAUUGUCGCCUUUCCAAAUCGAACCAAUCAAACAUACAACCACCAUUUCUCCACGCAAAGUAACAUCCUUUCCCUUUCUUCAUCCUACUAAUCCCCCACACCUUUCUAACUCAUAUGUAUGCCAGAAAGAUUGUUCCUUUCUUCAUCGCUUUACUUCUAUGACUCGUGCUUUUUGGCUGCACGACUCUUUUCCUGCACUGUUUAGUGGGAUAGCCUAGGAUUUUCCUAGUGUAGAAAUGCGUGAUGACAUUGGUGUUAUUGUUUCCAAUGUUGCAUUUGGUAUUGAUUGAGUGAGAAGAAAGGGAUUUUAUACUAGGACUCUCCCCUACUGAUGAAUUUUUAAAUGAGAAGGGUUUCCUGAAUGAGCUUCCAUUCCUUUAUUUCAGCUGUUGUUGCAGAUGGGUUCUGUGUUUUCGAGUUUGUUGAUGUUCUAGGAGCCCCUCAUUCUUCAUGGAGACUGCUUUGAGCAAAUGGGUGUUGGCAUUUACUAUCUCCUGGUGGAUCAUCUUCUUUGUUGGGCACUCUUUGGAAGGACUUCCUGGUGAUGCCAAAGUUAAAGGAGUGAAUUUGGGUGGCUGGUUGGUUGUGGAAGGUUGGAUUAAGCCUUCUCUGUUUGAUGGCAUUCCCAAUGGAGACAUGCUUGAUGGUACAGAAGUUCAAUUCAAGUCGGUGACAUUGCAGAGAUAUAUAUCCGCAGAGAAUGGUGGUGGCAUGGGUGUCUCUGUUGGUAAAGAUUCUCCAUCCGCCUGGGAAACUUUCAGGUUAUGGAGGCUUUCGGCAUCAGAAUUUCACCUCCGCACUUCGCAAGGGCAGUUACUAGCAUGUGAUGGUCAAGGGUGUACUGUAACUGCAACUGCAAAUUCAUCUUCAGAUGGGGAAACUUUUCAUAUCGAAAGGAACAACAAUGACAGAGUUCACCUGAAACUUUCCCGUGGAGCCUAUUUGCAGGCUACAAUUGGAAAUCAGCUCACGGCAGACUAUCCAGGAACACCGGGAUGGGACGAUAAUGCAGCCACAUUUGAAAUGACAAUCGUCUCCAACAACCUGCAUGGAGAUUACCAGCUUGCUAACGGAUAUGGUCAUGAUCAAGCCAAACAGGUUCUUAAGAAGCACAGGGACACUUUCAUUACGGUUGAAGAUUUCAAAUUCUUAUAUAGACACGGGAUAAAUGCAGUAAGGAUACCUGUUGGCUGGUGGAUUGCUUUUGAUCCUGAUCCUCCAGCCCCAUUUAUUGGGGGUUCAUUGGAAGCUCUAGAUAAUGCUUUCACAUGGGCUCAAGCCUAUGAUAUCAGAUGCAUAAUUGACCUUCAUGCAGCUCCUGGUUCACAAAACGGUUUUGAACAUAGUUCUAGUAAAGACGGUACAGUUGGGUGGCCUACUUCUCAGGACUACAUCUCCCAAACACUUGAUGUUAUAGACUUCCUAGCUUCAAGAUACGGAGACCACCCUUCCUUACUGGGGAUUGAACUUCUGAACGAGCCUUCAGCUGCCUCGGUUCCCUUGGACCUCUUAGUGUCAUACUACUCACAAGGUUACCAGAUUGUUCGAAAACAAUCGCCUUCUGCUUACGUCAUUGUUUGCCAGAGAAUUGGCAAUGCCGAUCCGCUGGAACUAUACCAAGCUAACAUAGGAUCUCACAACUUAGUAGUGGAUUUGCAUUACUACAACCUUUUCGACGUGUUCUUCGUCAAUAUGAGUGCUUCUGACAACAUAGAGUUUAUAUUCAAGAGUCGAGAGACCCAAUUAGCAGCCCUGAAUGGUGCAAAUGGUCCACUUGUUUUCAUUGGGGAAUGGGUGAAUGAGUGGAACGUGACGAGUGGAUCUCAGGCAGAGUAUCAGAACUUUGGAAAGGCUCAACUUGAGGUUUAUAAUGCAGCUUCAUUUGGAUGGGCUUACUGGACGCUUAAGAAUGACAGGAAGCACUGGGAUUUCGAAUGGAACGUCCGGAACAAUUACCUUCAACUUGGUGAUUCUCCAGGAAAGCAGAAUUUAGACGCUUUAGUAUUCCAUGCACUGGUCUCUGCCUUGAUAUUUCUCCAUGCUAUUUUAUGAUGGAUCGACAAUAGGGGCAAGAAGACUCGAGAGUGAGAACGAUACUGAUUUCGUACGGCGUUUUUUCUGCAAUUCUUUGUUCAAAAGCAUUUUUCUGUUGGUUCCUGCAGAUUGCAAGACAAUUAAUAUGUUAAGAGUAACCAGUUUUCCUGCGUACUGAAUAUAACCCUGUAUCACCGGGAAGUUGCAUUUACUACUCUGGAACUACAAUCUCAGUGAUACUAAGUCGAUAAAAAAAGAAGAAUAAGUCU